GGCGCCAGAGCGCCUCCGUCUGUCCUGUAGGUUCAUUCAAUCUCCCAUACACACAGACCGACAGCGCGAGCCCGACACACACUCACACACACUCGAACACACAACCGCACGCAGCGAGGCUCGGGAAGCCAGGUCGCCCGCUCGCCCCAGCGCCUCCUCCGCUCCAGCCAGUCGGUUCUCCCCUGGGGCCCGGAGCUCGGCCCGGCCGCGCAGCCCCAGACGAGGACGAGCUCGGCGGACCCCGGUGCCUCCAUGGGCAAACGCGGGCGGCCGCGCAAGGAGGCGCGCUGCGAGGGCGCGGGGCUGGCCCCCACCGCGCCCCCGGCCGCGCCCCAGCCCCCGGCCCAGCCCGAGGAGCCCGCGGGGGCCAAGCUCAGGUGCCCCUUCUCGGACAUUUUCAACACCAGCGAGAACUCGAUGGAGAAGCACAUCAACACUUUUCUGCAGAACGUGCAGAUUCUGCUCGAGGCCGCCAGCUACCUGGAGCAGAUCGAGAAAGAAAACAAAAAGUGUGAACAUGGCUACGCCUCGACUUUCCCCUCCAUGCCAAGCCCCCGGCUGCAGCAUUCAAAGCCCCCACGGAGGUUGAACCGGGCACAGAAACACAGCAGCGGGAGCAGCAACACCAGCACUGCCAACAGGUCUACACACAAUGAGCUGGAGAAGAAUCGACGAGCUCAUCUGCGCCUGUGUUUAGAACGCUUAAAAGUUCUGAUUCCACUAGGACCAGACUGUACCAGGCACACAACACUUGGUUUGCUUAACAAAGCCAAAGCACAUAUCAAGAAACUUGAAGAAGCUGAAAGAAAGAGCCAACACCAGCUAGAGAACUUGGAACGAGAACAGAGAUUUUUAAAGCGGAGGCUAGAACAGCUGCAGGGUCCCCAGGAGAUGGAACGAAUACGAAUGGACAGCAUCGGAUCCACUGUUUCUUCAGAUCGUUCUGAUUCAGAGCGAGAGGAGAUUGAAGUGGAUGUUGAAAGCACAGAGUUCUCCCAUGGAGAAGUGGACAAUAUCAGCACCACCAGCAUCAGUGACAUUGAUGACCACAGCAGCCUGCAGAGUAUUGGGAGUGACGAGGGUUACUCCAGUGCCAGUGUCAAACUUCCGUUCACUUCCUAGAACCCAGCAUGAUAGAACAGUGCAGGGAAAAAUAUUCACUGGGCCAAUUCAAUCCAAACAAUCUCUUAAAUUGGGUUCAUGAUCAGUCUCUUUAAAACUAAACUUAACAAAACUAUACUUGAACAAAAGGGUCAAUAGACCUGUAGUUAAAUACUUAGUAAAAAAGUGGGGCCGAGCCUCCCCAGCAGAACAAAUAUUCAUAUUUGAAAAUCAUAGUUUCUAAUGGCAGCAGAGAACUUGUGAGACUUUUCUUGAUUUAGUUUAUUUGAAAGAGGACAUUGGCUGUUUUAUCCUCUUCUUUUCUGGUUUGCUCAUAUUACAAUGAGUAGACACAUUUAAGGUGGGGUUAUAAACCCUUCCUGAGUUUUGUGGUCCUAAAACAAACAAAAUCAACUUAAUAGUGACAAGAUAAUCAGGCACUAAUCUUGGAUAGCUAACGAGCUAUUAAAAACUCAGCCCAGGACAGCUUAUCAUAAAGCCUGUGGAUGUUCAAUUCUAUUUAAGAAGUAAAAAAACAAAACAACAACAAAAAAAACUAAACUCAUUUCAUGCUCUGCAAAAGGAGAGACUCUCAUGAAGCCCUUUGAGAGGGAUCAUCAUGCAGCUCAGCUUUCUGUUGGAUUCCAUGCUAAGCAAGCUAACCUUAUCCUGCAUUGUUAGCACUAGGGCACCCAAGCGCUAGCUCAAACAGUAAGCCACCCCUAGGCCCAUGGGCAUCAUGGAGGCAGUCCGUGCAUGACAGCCUCUACCACAUAGGGCCCAUGAGUUUGGAUUGAGGGGCCAGAUAGAAAAAGCUCCAUGUGCCUGUGUCUGCGUGGGUCAGAAGAGUUGUGCACGCAGAUUAGCAGGCGAAGGUCUGAGCCACAGCAGCAUUUUUAUUUCAGAUUUUGAUAACUGUUUGUAUGUGUUAAAAACCAAAAUGGCAUCUUUUUAAAGCUUGUCCAUAAAACAAAAACAUAGAUGUCUUUUAUAGUGGAAAAACACAUGGGAAAAAAUCAUCUAUUUUGAUGCAGCAUUUGAUAAUGAUAAAACACCUCACACCUCACUCUUUAUAGUGCACAAAAUGAAUGAGGUCUGGGAUAGGUGGGGAAAAAGUUAAAGGUCAAUGCUGUUUUUGUUUUCUUUUAGAAUCAUUACCUUUUACCAGCUUUUAACCAUCUGAUAUUUAUAGUAGAUACUAUCAUAGUUAACAUAGUUAAGUUCAGCACUUGUCUCAUUUUAAUGUAAAGAUUGCUUCCAUUUUCCUAGUCUCCCUCCUUCCUUAAAGUUCCACUGUGCAGGUGCUAUUGUUGCUCUUAUCAAUAUUUUCAGAAAUGUUAGUUUCUUUUAAGUGAAAUUUCUAGCCUGCACUUUGAUGUCAUGUGUUCCUUUUGUCUCAUAUUCCAAGGUUUCCCUGGUCCUUUUCCUUAUUAUUCCUGGCUGUUUGGACUUUGUAUACUUUAAAUAAUUUAACUACCCUUAAUUACUUAAAAAAAAAAAAAGCUUUAUGUUUUUCAUAACUUAUUGCUGAUUUUAAUGGGUUGUUAAUUUCAGUCCUGUAGUUUUAUUUUGUUUAGAUAGGGCUGGGCAAGGAAAAAGAAAAUAAAGACAACCAUAUUUAGCAGUGCAGUUGAGUUGUGUGUAAUACUAGACUAUCCUUUGUAAGUAGCACUUUUAACAGCUUUCACUGCUUCUGUAUAUGAAGUAGACCAUCUUGGUCAUACACAAGGCCUCAGCAUAUACUUACUUGUUCUGUGCUCUUCCUGUGCCUCCAAAAAUAUUUUAUCCUUGAUUGUACUAUGUUUGAGUGGAAGAAAUUCUUUGAAGUAGAUGUGUGUGAAAAACUGCAUGCCUUUAGAAGCCCAUUUUUAGAACUUGGUACUGCAGGUGCUGGGGACUUAAUGAAAAACAUGAUAAAACAAAUUCAUUUCUGCAGCCCAGGUGAAAUAUUUCUAGUUUGACUUAUUCCUGGCUGAGUCAAGAUGUUGCUCUAAACACUUGCUUACUUUUGACUCUCAAAUGAGACGGUUUGAAGACUUUGCUAACUACCAUGGAAAAUAAAUGGAAGUCAGUGAUUAAGCUUCCAUUUUGUUACUCCCAUGGCAUUCACUUGCAUUACUUACUUAGAGCUGGAAUUUGGGACUACAUUCAGGUGAACUUGAGGUGCUGCCAUUUUGCGUAUAUGUACAGAAUGGUGGGCUGGGAAGCCUUUGUCAAAAAAACAAA